AUGUCUAUUAGAAGACCCCCAUUCCCUCGACUCCUCCUUAACAAUGUCUCUUGCAUGAGAAAUGCCCAACAAAUUCUGUCUCAUGUGAAUGUCUCUCUUCAUGAUGGAGGGGCACUUGUCCUAACAGGUGCAAAUGGCUCAGGAAAGACAACUUUUAUGCGCAUGCUAGCUGGGUUUUCUCGUCCUUCUGCAGGCGAAAUCCUUUGGAAUGGCCAUGACAUUCAAAAGUCUUUGAUCUUUCAACAGUAUAAGCUUCAGCUUAACUGGGUCUCCCUCAAGAACGCAAUUAAAGAAAAGUUCACUGUUCUAGAAAAUAUUCAGUGGUUUGAACUUCUUGAAGGCAAGCAAGGGAAAGCCAUGCCUGCACUUGAGUUGAUGGGACUAGGAAGAUUGGCUAAGGAAAAGCCAAAGAUGCUUUCAAGUGGCCAGCAGAGAAGAUUGCAACUUGCCAGACUGCUCGCAAUUGAUCGCCCCAUAUGGUUGCUAGACGAGCCUUCAGUUGCAUUAGAUGAUGAAGGUGUAAAGUUACUCGAGUACAUUAUUGCAGAACACAGGAAACAGGGAGGAAUCGUGAUUGUGGCGACUCAUUUACCCAUUGAGAUAGAAGAUUCCAUGGUCAUGAGGCUGCCACCAAGGUUUCCAAGGAGGAUGACAUUUGUAGAUAUGCUUGACCGCGUGGAUAUUAGUUAA